AUGGUGAGUAUUUCGUCGCUUUCUGUUGCCAUUUGCUUUACUGAUGAUGCUACUCAGGACUCCUCAAAGGCCCCCGUCAAACUGGCAAAAGUUAUCAAAGUCCUAGGCAGGACUGGCUCGCGGGGAGGUGUUACUCAAGUCCGAGUAGAAUUCAUGGACGACACAUCACGGUCUAUCAUACGAAACGUCAAGGGACCCGUGAGAGAGCAGGACAUUCUGGCUUUACUCGAGAGUGAACGUGAAGCUCGGUACGUCUAUCUCUUUUCGCUAAACAUUCGGUUAUUCAUUUCCCUGUAG